AUGGGUGCCGCAGCUUCAAAACAGAAUGCACCUGCAUCGACAACGCCAGCUCCUGAGGACAAGCAGGCGUCUCACCUCCAGUUCGGCCGUUCUCUCUUGAAUCAACUUGACAAAACCUCGAUCGACAAAGUCGAAGGCCCCGACGCCGCCCGUCAAACAACCCUUGACACCUCCAUCCAACAAAAGAUCAAAUCCGAAAUCGACCGUUUACGCAAAGAAGAAGCCGAAGUGCGAUCCGAGAUCGAAAAGGCCAUCGAGAAAGAGAACCUUGCUCGCGAAUCCAAGUACAAGGGUGCUUCUGAAGGCAAGAACUCAAACGUGCUUCGUCAGGAACUCGAUGCACUCAGAAGCAAGAUCGACAAGUACAAUAAGCAAAAAGAUGUCACGAACUACGCAGGUGUCAAGGAGGCUCAGGAGAAGUUGGUGCAGUGCUACAAGUCUAAGCCGGAAAGGACACUGGAUUGCUGGAAGGAGGCAGAGGAGUUUAAGAAGGCGGUCGCUGGGGCUGAGAAGCAGUUCAUUGCUUCCUUCGGCUAG